AUGGAUCGACGAGACGAGAUACGCCCAGGUGAGCACGCUCGUCGUGUCCCGCCUGCAGUACACAACCCACACGUCGAAGACGAAGAAGACGAGGACAAUCUUGAGGAAGGAGUCGACGACGAAGAUACCCCGGAUACUGAAGAAAUAAUACAAAUCCCCUCAUGGACAACCGACCCCAAACCGCCACCCUUUCCCUUCAACCUGACAACCACGACCGUCUGCCUCAUCUCGCAGCUUCUCCUCAUUCUAAUUAACCUCGAGACUCAGCACCAACUCCUGGUGCGAUAUCAAGUAUGGCGGUACCUCUUUGCCAUCCUGCCACGAGUCCUCCUUACGACCGCCCUCGCCUUUGCGAGCACAGCUCUGUACGAAGGCAUCCUGGCCGACUUUGAUGGACCCCUUCACGACUGCUGGCGCGCAUUGAUCAUCAUCCCGCAGAGUCUGCUGCUACGGAGUGUAGCAGCAGUCUGGCGCAUUAAUGUGCGCGUCCCGCCCACUGAGAACAAGCUCGAGGAGCUCGAGCGCAUGACCGACGUGCUGCGCAAGGGAGACGGCCCCUGGGGGUUUGCGACGGGCUUGUACGAGGUGCUCGCCACGGCUUGGAGCGUCGCUGUCAGUUUUGCGGUGUUGCUCUGGUAUGCUGCGGGACGGCGGCUGCUCGUGGCGGGCUUGCUGUGGGCGCUGGAGGGGUCUGGAGUCUGGGGUGGGCGAUGGGCUAUCGAUUUUGUUAACCAAGACAGGAUGUGGGUGGACGCUUCGACGGUGCCCGAAGACCUCUGGACGCCGCGGCAGAGAUUGAUUGGACAGGUGGCGCUGCAGCUCGGCGUGGCGACUGCGCUGUUGCAGUUCAUGUUCAUGUUUCGCUUUCAAGUACAAGAGGCCAAGGAGAUUUACGAGAGCCCCGAGAUGAUUGCACAGGUGCGCCCCAAAGCCGCUUACCUGCGCGCGACGGCUGUCCACAUCGUGACUUAUACGGCCUACCAAAUCAUCCGAGGUAUGCUACCUGUCAAAUUGUGGGAAGUCGGUCCUGGAUACAUUAUCAAGCAAGAGUUUGUCAAGAGUUUCCGGCGCAAAUCGUUCAAUCAGUCUUGCGUAACGCCAGGCUCGACGUCUUGGUUCGAUCUGAGGGGCGGGCAAUGUCUUGAUGACUUUGCCUGGCUUGUAGCGCUGUCCUUGUCGGUGCUCCUGACGCAUCAGGUGCUUCGGUAUGCCAUGAGAAGACUCGCUCGUGUAGGUUGGUGGUUUUGUGAGCCAUUCUUUGUAUGGCGAACACUUUGGAUUGCGCCAGUGGUGGCGCGGACCCGGUUGAUCUUCCUGGAACAGAUGGACGCCGAUUUUACCCUGGACGAAACGGUGGAAUACCGGGUCCUGAUGACGUUCAUAGCUCCCGACUCCGGCCCUUUGCCCAUGAUGAUACCGGGUGGUGGGGACGCGGAGGGUGUAUGGUGA